AAGUAAACAUAGAGCGAGGUUGAACCUGUUGGAACGUUAGCGUUGAAUCCUGGUGACAUGAUUGGUCGGGAUUGAAACGAGCCACGUGCAGUUCCUCCACGUGGUUGAUCUUAGCACAGAUCUUGGAUAUUUUGUCCGCUGAACUGUGUACGUUCUUGGACUUAUAUCAUCAACUUUCUCUCUCCAUCAUCUUGUCUUUCCAUUAGCUAUUUGGAAUAAUGGCAGACAAGAUUACUCGGAUAGCCAUCGUAGAUGCCAACCGAUGUAAACCCAAACGAUGUGCACAAGAGUGCAAAAAGUCAUGUCCAGUCGUAAAGAUGGGCAAGCUUUGUAUUGAGGUAAAGCCUACCGAUAAAAUUGCCUUCAUUUCCGAGUUCCUGUGCAUUGGUUGUGGUAUCUGCGUCAAAAAAUGUCCCUUCGAGGCCAUCGCCAUUAUCAACCUUCCUACAAAUCUGGACUCCCAAGUAACACAUCGAUAUACUGCAAAUGCCUUCAAAUUGCAUCGUCUCCCAACACCACGACCAGGCCAGGUCCUUGGUCUUGUGGGAACGAACGGUAUCGGAAAGAGUACAGCGCUGAAGAUCCUAGCGGGAAAGCUGAAGCCCAACCUCGGUCGCUACGAUGAUCCCCCAGACUGGCAAGAAAUCCUGAAGUACUUCCGUGGAUCUGAGCUCCAGAACUAUUUCACAAAGGUCCUCGAAGACAAUCUGAAAGCUCUGAUCAAGCCUCAAUACGUCGAUCAUAUCCCCCGAGCGAUCAAGGGUAAAAUGACGGUUUCGAAGAUGUUGGACUCGAAGCUCGAACUCGGCAAUAAGCAACAGAUGUUAGACGAGCUGGAGCUCAACGCUGUCCUCGAACGUGAGGUCAACCAGCUAUCCGGUGGAGAGUUGCAGCGCUUCGCUAUCGCGAUGACGUGCAUACAGAGGGCUGAUGUGUACAUGUUUGACGAGCCGUCGAGUUAUCUUGAUGUCAAGCAACGUCUCGUGGCGGCCGAAGUCAUUCGCAGGCUGCUCGCUCCUGAUAACUAUGUCAUCGCCGUCGAGCACGAUUUGGCAGUAUUAGACUACCUCUCCGACUUUAUCUGUGUGCUCUACGGCAAACCAUCUAUGUAUGGUGUCGUCACCAUGCCUUACUCUGUCCGAGAAGGUAUCAAUAUCUUCUUGGACGGCUUCAUUCCCACCGAGAAUUUGCGAUUCCGUCAGGAGUCGCUCACCUUCAAGAUGGUCGAGACGGCCGAGGAGAUCCUGAUAGACAAGACCCGUCACUACUCGUACCCCUCCAUGACCAAGACACUCGGUGGCUUCAAACUCACUGUCCAAAGCGGCUCUUUCACUGACUCCGAAAUCAUUGUCAUGCUCGGUGAGAACGGGACCGGCAAGACCACAUUCGUGCGCCUGUUAGCUGGUGAUACCCCCGAUGAAGAGACGGACAAGCAGAGUUUGUCGGUGUCAUUAAAGCCACAGACAAUCUCGCCCAAAUUCCCUGGCACUGUGCGCAUGCUGAUGUUGAAGAGGAUCAAAUCGGCUUUCAUGCAUCCACAGUUCCAGACCGACGUCGUGAAGCCGAUGAACUUGGAGGCGAUCAUUGAUCAGGAUGUGCAAACACUUUCGGGAGGAGAGUUGCAGCGUGUUGCCAUUGUACUCGCGCUUGGCAAGCCUGACGUUGCAGUUUACUUGCUCGACGAGCCCUCUUCCUUCCUGGAUUCCGAGCAGCGUAUUAUUGCAAGUAAAGUCAUCAAGCGCUUCAUCCUUCAUGCGAAGAAGACCGCUUUCGUCAUUGAGCACGAUUUCAUCAUGGCCACCUAUUUGGCUGACCGUGUCAUUGUCUUCGAGGGCACACCCGCCGUAGCCGCUACCGCUACUCCACCCCAAUCACUCUUGACCGGUAUGAACAAGUUCUUGGCUUCUUUGGAGAUCACCUUCCGUCGUGACCCCACCAACUACCGACCCCGAGUGAACAAGCGCAAUAGUGUCAAGGACCGAGAGCAAAAGGGUAUGUCUCGAUUUUUCCAUCUCUUCAGUAUUUCGACUGUUCUCCUGACUCUUCGUCACCAUAUCCAGCUUCCGGAAAUUACUUCUUCUUAGAAGAAUAAGGUUUUCCUUGUGGCGCUAUUUAUCGAUUUGGAGCCGACGACGCCCUUCAAGUUCUAUAGCUAUAGAGAUAGACCCGACAUUCCCCGCGGUGUAGGAUAAGGAUUGACUGUAGCUGUAGCUUUAAGCCUUAAACGCGCGCCCGCCAGGGGAGCUUGCGUACGAGUGAAGUAUGGGGAGGGUUGUGAUCUGUAUUACCAGGAUUAGGAAUAUGAAAGACGGGCCCUAGUGGUAACUGUACUGUGUUGAGCGAUGGUGGUCCAUACUUUAUCUACACAAUAGCUUUGUCCCACCCUAUCCUUCGUUUUCUGUGGUUAAAUGACAAUGUCAAUGCUGUUGAUGGAUCACCGUAGACUUCACAGACUCAGAGAAAGAUGUAACUGUAAGAGAUUCAU